AUGACCACCGAUCACUACAGGUCAAAUUCAACCCACAACCCUUGUACAGGCCAGACUGGACCAAAGUGUUUGGUGUGGAAUUGUAUGACCAUUAUCAGGAUCCUGAGGAAAACAAGAACCUGGCGUAUGAUUCCGCCUCCAGCGCCUUGGUGGCUCAACUCAGCAAACAGCUACAUGCUGGUUGGAGGGCAGCUAGACCCAAAUUUUGAGAUUCCACAUCCAUCUGUUGAAACUCAAGUGAUUGUAAGUCCACCAAAUGCCACUCUGGAUGAUAGUGGAAAAGUCGGUAGUGACCUUCAGCCUCGUCCAUCAACAGCUGAGAAAGCCAAAGACCUGGGUGCCACUGCCGCCAUCAGUGACAAAUACGAUUAUCACCCAAAGGAAAAGACCUGGGAGGAAGCAAGGAAGGCUUGCGAGGAACUGCCAGGUGCUUCACUGAUACAGAUCAAGAGCCAGGAGCAGCAGGACACGGCAAGGAAACUUGUGGAAAACUCUACGCUGGAACUUAUCCACAUUGGUAUCUUCCAUCAUCAUGGCUUUCUUCCCCCAUCAGCCGAAUGGAAGUAUAUGGAUAAAACCAUUAUUACGUACAGCAGUUGGGCAGAUGGCGAGCCAAACCCUAUGAUGCUGACACAUGCUGCUUUGAAGAAGGAUGCUGGCUAUAAAUGGGCUGUUGUUGGGGAUGAAGAGAGAGGUGGCUGGAUCUGUGACAGACACCCAAAAGAAUAAGUUCUUGGUACCGAUCCCAAUUUCCAAGAAAUAGAUCCCCAAACCACAACCAUUGCACACAAUACAAUAUUAACUUGAAUAUUAUCAACGAGUAGCGCGUACGUGUACAUCAUAGACCUUAUUUGUGUUCCCCAUUACAUAACUGCACAUGUAACAAUGUAGCAUUCCAUAAAUGUAUCUGUCUUAGAAACUUUCGCUCACCAUGCAUUUCCUUCAUUUCACAAGGAUUCUUAGUAGUUGUUUACGCUUGUUUGUUGUGAAAAACAAAAACAGAAUAGGCUUUUUCCAUUACUUGAUACUAUUUCUGAAUAACAUGCCAGUUGUAAUGCUUACGUUUGGUAGUCGUUACAAUGAUUUAUUGCCACGGACGAAACAAAAUUGAUUUAUACAUCUGUGUGACCAAUAUGUUCGACCCGUGACGAUUCCGGGGUAGAAUAGGUCUUCAGCAACCCAUGCUUGUCGUA